AUGUCACAAUCGCUGAGCUCUGCCCCUCGCUUGAAACCAGACGUUCGUCUCGCACAAGCUGUUUCACAGUUCGAGGCCGAACUAUCCAAUGAACAAAAAGCAAGUUUCCGUACAUAUAGAACCAAGUCAAUCGAGUCUCCACCUGGUAUUCAAGAUGUCAUGCAACUUACCGCGGAGAUUGAUCGUAUCUCGGGGAAACGACGGCGGUGCUUGGGACCGCGACUUACGAACGUCCUACAAGCUACUCAGCAAUUUGCUGCUUUGGGGGAUGUCAUAGUCGGUGGAUCUCAGAAUCUGCUUGCAUGUGGUGUUUGGUCAAUAGUGCGCAUGUCGCUUCUAUUUGUUCUCGAUUUUUCUUCCUAUCUUGAGCAAUUGUCGUACAUAUUCAUGACCGCUGGGCGUCUUGCACCUCGCUAUGAAAAGAUGGCCUUGCUCUAUCCCCGGUCAAAAGAUUUGCAAUCUUGUCUCUGUGAAUACUUUAUUUUGAUCGUGCGUCUUUGCCACGAAAUGACUACUUUUGCACGCAAGUCACUUUUCGGGAAAUUGGCCUCCGCAUUUAGUGAGUCGGAUCUGAAAACAUAUCAAUCCGAGCUCGAGUCCUGGGGGAAGACCAUCAAAGCUGAAGUUGGCUUCUUGAUGGCCAAGGGAAUUGAAGACGAAGCCGAAAACAACUCGCGAUUCAGAACAGUCUCAACGAUAUUCCAGAAAUCAACUGCGUAUCAGCAAGCGAUUCAAACAAAACAGCGGGUACUCGAUUUCUGCUCCCAGUACGAUUGCACAGUGUCGUGGAAGCAGGCUCGAAAGUCGGGUAACACCAACCUAUUUCGAGAGAACCGCAAAUAUCAAAAUUGGAAAAGUAUGCCACUUUCUUCCACUCUCAUCUACACUGGGAAGUUGGGCUCCGGGAAGUCCGUGCUACUCGCCAAUAUUGUGGACGAUCUCCAUAUCGAGAAUGAAAACACCCAUGUGGCAUACUUCUUUUGCCGACAUGACGUCUCUGAGAGUCUCAAAGCGCGGGAAGUGAUUGGCUCGUUGGCUCGACAGUUGCUAUACUCUAUAUCGGACUUUACAGCUGCCGCAGAAUAUUUGAAUGGAACGCAUGAGUAUGAACCGAUGGAAAGGCUGAUGGGACUUCUUUCAACUUGUCUUCUUCCUCUUCGUAAAACAACAAGGUUCUUCCUUGUUGUCGAUGGGCUGGACGAGCUCGACGCGCCGCAAAGGGAUAUUGUGCUCCAGCAACUAUCAGACCUUCAAAGUGAUACGUUUGUAAUGCUACUUUGCAUUUCUCUUCGUGAAGGCCCAAAUGAGAACCCGCUACAAAUUAACUUCACGCAACUUGCUGCCCCGGUUAUUACACCAAUUCCGAGCAAUACACCGGACAUCGAGGAUUUUAUUGAGACCGAAUUGGAAAGUCGAAUCGAAUCUGGAAAGCUCACGAUUGGCAGUCCUCUUCUGAUCCUGGAAAUCCAAGAUGCCCUCUUGAAAGGAUCACAAGGGAUGUUCCUUUGGGUGGCUCUCCAAAUUGAUUCGCUAUGCGCCAUGGAAAGUGACGAGGAGAUUCGCGAAGCUCUUGCGGGCCUACCGAAAGAUCUCUCAGAGACAUUCUCUCGCACUUUACGGUCAAAGUCCCAAAAUACACGUCAAAAAGAGAUACUAGCCAUUCUGACUGUGGCCCAAACUCCACUUACUCUCCAGCAACUGCGCGAGGCUCUAUGUGUUGUUCCAGGAGAUUUGAACUGGAAUUCGGACAGGCUUAUCAACAAUAUGCACAACACUUUGGCUUCUUGUGGCAGUCUUGUUACUAUUGAUGAGGAGGAGCUUACUAUACAUCUCGUUCACCACAGUGUGAAACAGUUCCUGCUUGGUGAAUUCAAAGAUUCGACCGAAACCCUAGUCAAUGUUGAUGAAGCUCAUCAAAUGAUGGCAAGCAUAAUUCUCACCUACCUCAACUACAGCGUGUUCGAAACACAAGUUUCACGGACCGUAAUACCUCAGUUACGAACUGGGUCAGUACCCUCCGAGGUGAUUUUCUCAACACUCAAAUCAUCAAGUGGUGUCCGGAAUAUGGCGAUAAAACUCCUCAAAUCCCGGAAAAGGGCAAGUUUUGAUAUUGGAAAAGUCAUCUCCGAGACAAAACUCCAGAAACAUCCCACAGAGGAGCAAUUCUACUUCCACAAGUACGCGAUAUCAUUCUGGCUGUACCAUGCCGUCCACGCCUUCGACCUCUCCGAAGCCAUGCACAAGUUACUGCUCAGAGUCCUGGAUCGAAGGCUACCCCUGAACCUCAACAUAAAAGACGAAGAUAUCGACAAAUUAUUAUCGUGGUCCGCGAAAAAGAAACAAUACGCGUUUUUGAUCAAGACCUUGCUUGAUUCCGGAAACAUGACAGCAAUGGAACGAGAUAGUGCACUGGAUGCACUACAUAGUGCCGCAGGCGAAGGACACGGUGCAAUGAUUCAAGUUCUCCUAGAGCGUGCGAAAAUGAAUGACAUGCUGAUGUUCGAGGGCUCCCACCCCCAGCAACUAUAUCUAUCCGCUCAAAACGAGCCUGGGUCGGUAGAACGAGAGGCAUUCAAUUCCUAUAAUCUCGAUGUCAACUCUAGGGAUUCCCUGCGUUGGACUCAUUUGCAUCGAGCUGCGAUGAACGGACACACGUCGACCGUGAUCUUUCUGCUUACAGUCGUCAACGCCACUCCUGACACCCGUGAUAUAACGGGACUCACUGCUUUGCAUCUGGCUUGUAUGAAUGGUCACUACUCUACUGCCAAGGCGCUACUUGAUUAUGGAAAUGCGGAUCCACAUGCUUGUGAUGAGGAAGGCCGAACUCCCGGUGAUCUUGCUUUGGAAAAGCUCGAUAAGGAAACUGUUUCGUUGCUAGAUCCCCGGCUUUUCGGAAAUUCGACAGGGCGGUCUGAUGUUGACCCUGCUAAGGACGGAUCCAUUGGUCUACUUGGUUGA